GCAGAGCGGAGCAGUGCGUGUCGACGCAGCGACGCAGCCACCGGCACCGCGGCGAAGUCUGGGACGUCGUGCGUGUGCGUGCGUCAAUGAGUGUGUGUGCGUGUGUGUGUCAGUGCUUCGCCCGCUGCUUCUCCCACUGGAUUACACGGACUUAACCUCCAUCGGCCCGACAGUGCGUUAAGGAUUUUCGAACAAGGAUUGUCAAAAAAGUGGUGCCGUCGGCACGUCGCAACGAGGAAACGUUGCAAACCUGUGUGUGUGAGUGACUGUGCGCGCGUUGUGGAUAACUCCGGGACUUCGGCCUGCUUCAAGCUGCUUCAAUGCGGCCGCUGCGACCCGGACCAUAGCUGUCGCUCCGAGAGAGCUUCCACAACAGCGCCAUGCUCAAGUGGACCGUGUGCCAGCAGAGGGCGUCCACGCGGACGCCGGGGCCCGGCCCUGGCCCUGGCCCGGGCAGCAGCUCGGCGUCGCUGUCCCCCGGCCCGUCGCUGUCGCACAUGAUGGCGCGGAGGAGCUGCGGCGCCGCCAUCGGGCUGCUGCUGGACCAGGACGCCGACGGCCACGGCCAGGGCCACGGCCAGGCGCGCGCGGCGCGGAGGGCGGCCCGCAGGUCCAGCCGCCGCACGCUGGAGGGCCUCGGCGACAAGGAGAACGCUGACACCCCCGAGCAGGCCUUCUCGCCGCGGAACGUGUUCCUGGCGCUGCGGGACGUGAGCAACCAAGCCACGCCCACGGAGCGCCUGUCGCUGGGCCUCAAGACGCCCGAGUCCGGCAAGAAGCGCAGCCGCAGCCAGUGCCGCGACAUCACCAACAUCGCCAACGCGGCCCGGACGUCGCUCGAGGCGCCGCGCAGCAGGUCGUCCGGGUCCGGGUCGGGGCGGCUGUCCAUGCCCACGGCCAUGCCGAUCACGCCCGAGUCCAAGCGGUCGCGCAGCCGGCGCACCGUCACCAUCCAGCCGUACGAGGACCAGGGCGACGAGGAGCCCAUGCAGGCGUGGGCCGCGCACGCCGCGCAGCCCAGCCUCGAGGCGCAGGUCGCCACGCUCAAGUACCUGCCGCGGCAGCGGACCACCUCCAGCGGCGUGGCCAGGAUCCGGCAGAGCCGCGAGCUGGCCAAGUCCGCCCCCAAGUCGCGGGGAGUCAAACAGUGCAGCCGGUCUGCCGGGCCGCUCGGCCGCCGCCACCGCCGCAGGAAGUCUUCCGGACAGCACGCCGCCACGCCGAGGUUCGUGCGACCGUCCGUCGAGACGGCCGCCGACGCGGCGCGCUGCGCCGUGGUCGUCCCGUUGGGCACCACCAAGGAGACCGUCGUGGACCACGUGAGGCCGGCCACGUCCCCCAAGACAUGCCAGCCACCAAGCCCCGCCGCCGCGGUGGAGCCCGCAGUCACAGCCAUGGUGCCCGGGGUGCCCGCUGAGGACGAGAAAGACGCCUCGCCGGGGGAGACGCUACUAAAAAUGCUGGACCGCGUCGCCGCCGAACAGAUGGACGCGUCCUGCACCGCGUCGCCGAUGGCCAUCGAGUACUCGCCGUGCCCACUGCGGUCCACGCAGAGCUUGCUGGCGCUGCGGCGGCGCCUGUUUGACUCGAGCGUGCUGGAGCCCAGCGCGGACACGGGGCGCCUCGUGCACACCGACCACCAGGACCGCCAGGACCACGCAGACCGCGUGCCGCCGCCGCCGUCCGCGCUGCCGCUCACCACGCCCCUCAUCGCCGCCUUCAACCGGUGGCACCGCCUGCGCGACACGGCGCACCUCGCCGACGCCGACAUGGAGGGCUCGCCCGCCACGCCGACGGCCCCGCAGCACGCAGGCGUGGCGCGGACGCGGCACAGCUUGGCCUCGCCGUCGGCAGUGUCGCCGCUGGCCUGCCGCCUCACGUGGCUGCGUCUCCAAGCGCAGCGCGACAUGGACCCCACGCAGUGCGCCACGCAGUGCGCCACGCAGUGCCCCUUCCCGCCCUUCGGCCACGACGGCCGCUACCUGUCCGUCGACGCCCCCCAGCCCUCGCCGCUUCGGCACGCCUCUAGUCCGCAGCUCAACCACUGCCCCCUCACGGCGCGCCGACGACGCAUGUCGGGCUGCGGCGUCGCCGCCGACGCCCCCGCCUUCCGCGUGCCCUGCACGCCCACGCCCGGCGUCGCGGACACCAACAAGCGGUCACGCUGCAGCGCCGCGUCGUCGUCGACGCUCAGCCUGCUGAACCACGGCCCCGCGUCCACCGCGUCGCUGUGCUCGUCCUCGCUCAGCUCCCUGUUCCCCGGCUACCGUCCCCCCUCCAUCGCCUGCUCCACGGCGUCCAGCCUGAGCGACAUCCCGGCGCUGUCCUCGCCGCUGGGCGACGUCAACGCCUCCACGCUGUCCCUGCUGCGGCGCCAGCGCUGCGUGCGCCGACGCCGCAGGACGACCCUGAGCGACGCGGCGGGCAUCGCCGAGGCCCUGGACUGCAGCAGGCGGUCCCCGCGGUCCCCGCUGUCGCCGCUGUCCGCGGCCGUGUCGUGCCCCAACAUCCCCGGCGAGACCGACGACGCCGAGUCCAUCUCCCCGCGAGGGCUCUCGUCCUCGGGGUACUCGUCCUCCACCACGGCGACGCUGGGCAGGCCCACGUCGUCCACCUCCACGGUGUCAUCCCACGGCAUCGACGCCCCCAGUGCCUCCACGACGGCCUCGUCGGCGAGAUCGCGGCGGUACGGCCUCACCCUCCCCACUGGGAUCCCCAGCCCCGAGAGCCCCGAGGACCGAACCAUGAGCUGCCGCACCGCGGAGUCUACCACGCUGCUCGACCCCAACUUCAUGUGCUCCACGCCGCUGCUGCCGCGCUCCGCCCUCGCGUCGCUGCCCAACGCCAAGUCCGUGUCCAUGGCGGACAAGCUUGCUUCCCUCGACGCGGCCCACGCCACCGACCGCGCUGACCUGGCCGACGCCGACCUGGCCGACGCCGACUUCGCGAGCGCGUCCCUCCUGGUCAACCGGGGCACCCCGCAGACCGACGACACCUGGGACUCGCACCGCGUGGAGAAGGUGGUGCAGACCCCCGUCGCUCGGGACGACUCCGACGACGGCGAGUCCGACGAGGGAUCCGACGACUACGCGGCGCCGUCUCCCUACGCGCUGGUGGACAGGCGCUGCCGGUCCCGCAAGGGGCUGCUCUUCGCCUCGCCCGGCGCCAACGGGGCCGUGUCGCUGGACCUGGACCUCGGCGACGCCGCCUUCACGCCGUCCUCGGGGUCGUCCUCGUCGUGCGCCUCGUCCACGUCGUCGUGCCGCAGCCGGCGCAAGUCGUGCAACUGGCGCAACCGGAGCUGCAAGGAAGUCGUCCUGCCCGGCGAGUUGGAGCUCAACAUCUGUGCCUCUGAUGACCAGCUGACUGUCCACGUGGUGCGCGGCAACGGCCUCCGGCGACCCGGCGGCGACUCCUGCAACGCCUACGUCAAGGUCAGCCUGGUGGCGGGCGCCACGGAGGAGAAGACCUUCCGGCGCACCUGCGUCCACCGCGACUCCAGCCAGCCCUUCUUCGACCACAAGUUCUCGUUCGAGGUGCACGAGGCCGACCUGGAGAAGCGCGUCCUCAUCUCCGUGUGGCACCGGGACCGAGACAAGCGGAGGAGCGAGUUCCUGGGAUGCAUGUCCUUCGCCGUCAAGCAUGCCGUUAAGAAGGAGGUCAGCGGCACGUUCCGCCUGUUGCCCCAGGCCGCGGGACGGAGCCAGAACGCGCCGGUAGAGACGCCAUGCGCCGCCAUCCAGGCCAGCCAGUCGGCCAGCCAGUCGGCCAGCCAGGUGGCCGUCCAGCCCGCCGAUGCGUCGCACGGCCAGGAAAGAGCCGAGCGAAGGAGGGCCAUGUUCUCAAGCAGGACGAUGGAGUCCGUGGCAGCCAACACCUCCACCACCGCCACAGUGGACCGCAGCGAGGACAGCACCUUCCUGCGCCACCUGGAGCUGGAGCCGACGGGCCCGGACGGCACGCUGCCGCCGCUACCGCCGCUGCCCCAGCUGCCCCAGGCGACGCCGCGGCCACCGGGACGCACGCCCUUCACGGCCACGCGCCGGCUGCAGCGCGCCAGCAACGGUGGCUUCGGCUUCUCCGUCGCCUGGACGCAGCCGCCCCGCGUGGAGCGCGUCGAGCCGGGGCUGCCCGCCGAGCAGGCAGGCAUCCGCCCCGGGGACUACAUCAUCUUCGUCGACAAGCACAACGUCGUCACCCUGCCGGAGGAGGACGUGCUGCAACUUAUCAGAUCAUGCGGCAACCAGCUGACGCUGGAAGUCUACCGGCGCAACAGUCCCAACGGCAUGGUUCCCCAGUCAAAGUCCACGCCGGCCGUGAGCUCGGCCGCCAAGGCCCGGCCCGUGCCCUCCUCCGCGUCCACCUCCUCCGCGCUGCUCUCCAAGGCCGUCACCGCCUCCGCCGUGGUCACCCCCAUCGUCCCCGGCGCCGCACACGGCAUCGCCCCCGGCACCGCCCCCGGCACGCCGGGCAGCAGCCACCGCCUCCCCGAGCCGAGACCGUCCACCGCCUGCUCCGCCGCCACCGCGGGCACCGCGGCCUCCGACAUGGGCAAGCGGAGACUCCACCUGCCGCAAGUCACCUUCUCCAGCGAGGCCAGCGGGCAACUCAGUAAGGAGGAGGCCCGCAAGCGCAGCGUGUACCAGCUCCUGUCCAAGGAGCAGAGCUACUCGCUGGCGCUGCAGUUCGGGGUCAGCAGGUUCCUCGUCCCGCUGGCCGAGAGGAGGGACCUCAUCACGCCCCCGGAACACCAGACGCUCUUCCAGAACAUCCAGGAGAUCCUCCGCAUCACCGAGGACGUCCUGGAGCGCCUGAUCCACGAGGACGGCGAGCCCCUCGUCAACUCGGUGGCCCAGGUGUACAUGGCCGUGUGCCCCCAGAUGACCGUGGCGUACCACCGCUACUGCUCGGGGCUCAAGGCGGCCGACGCGCUGCUCGUCAACAAGACGCGCAACCCCGAGUUCAUGCGCACCCUCAACGACCCGCCGGUGCCGCGCCGCCGCCCGGACCUCACCGCCUUCCUGCACAAGCCCCUCGAACACUACCGGGAGAUCCUCAAGCUGCUCCAGACCAUCCACAAUUUCACCCGGCAUUCGGACGACGACUACCCGCUGCUCACCAAGGCGGUGCACGAGUUCCAGGCGGCGUACCGAGGCCUCACCACCUCCUCGGGCAUCAUGGAGCCGGAGGGCGAGGGCAGGCCUCUGCUCACCCUGCAGGACGUCGAGAGCAGACUCGUCUUCACCAAGUGCAAGCCCUUCGCACUGACGUCGCCCGGCCGCCGGUGGAUCUUCGGCGGCGACCUGGUGCGCAUCGAGGGCCGGUCGGAGCGCCGCUACUGGGCGCUGCUCUUCACCGACCUGCUGCUCUUCGCGCAGGUGUCGCGCGACCGCGUGCUCUUCAUCUCGGAGGAGCCGCUCCGCCUCAUCACCAUCACGCAGGCCGCCUUCAGCGUCAAGCGCAGAGCCACUGAGUUCCGCCUGAUGGUAGACGGCACCACCUCCCCCUCGCCAACCGGCUGUGGCGAUGCUGCUAAGAAGACCAAGAAGGGUGAUCGGAGACGCACCAUCGUCCUCCGCGCGGCCAGCGCCGAACACAAGGCAGUGUGGCAGAACCUCAUCCAGCGGCAAAUCAUUUACCUCAACACGGUGCGCGGCGGCACCCCUGCCGGCAGCCCCCUCGACUCGCCGGACCCGCCCAGCCUCUCGCUGACCACGGCAGACUCGAUGCGCGACGGCCUGCCCCUGAGACGGCCCCCCCAGGACACGUCCAGGUCGUCGUCCGCGGUCGAAGAGCUCAUCGAGCACCGCUGCCGCCAGCUGGGCAAGUCGGCGGGGAGCAAGGGCUCGGCGCUGCACCUGGCCCGCUGGAUGCGGGGCCAGCUCGGCGAGUACGAGGGCCUUGACGACGCGGUGGCCGAGCCGGCCGAGCCCACCGAGCUGUGGAGCGUCGACACCCUCAACCGGCGGAGCGAGGAGCUGCGCCUCACGGCCACCACCACCAUCCCCCUCAGGGGCAACAGCAGGGCGAGCCGCAGCGAGGACCUGGAGCUGUCCGAAGACAGCCUGGGCGGCCUGGGCCGCAGUCGGAGCAGGAGCACCACCGACAGCCAGGUCACCAUCGCGUCCGGCGAGAAGGUGCCCGUGUGCCGCAAGUGCCACAAGACGUGCAUGGCCACUCGGCCGAGCAACAACCCGUGGGCGCCGGCGCCCGCGUGUUCGUCCUCGGAGACGCCGCCACCCACGUGCCCCUCGCCGGCCACGUCCGCCACCAGCAGGCCGUCCACGCUCAGCCCCGGGCCGUCGGGCCGCAAGUACGAGCCGCCGCACCUCCGGGGGGACAUGUACUACCGCAAGGAAGUCCCCCGUUUUAGGGACCAAAUUAAGGAGGAGAUCGAGGAGGACCCGCCAGACACGCGGCAGCAGGACGUGGACGUGUGGGGGCCGUGGAGCCUCAUGGCGGGCAUGUCCAUGCUGGGCGGCGCCAUCUCGGGCGACCCCCUGGCCCCCGCGCCCGUGCCGCCCCCCAGGGACUCGAGCAGCACGACGACCAUGCCGCCACGGAUUUCGGUGGUGCCGCCGACGCCGGGGCUGCCGCGCGCGUCCACGACCAUGACGGAGGAGGACGAGGACGCCAUGUGGGACGAGAUGAUCGAGGCCGAGCUGAGGGCCAGCCCCAUCAUCAGGCGCAGGAAGCUCGAGCAACUGCAGCAGCAGCGCAGGGCGGAGUGCGGCGGGGGCUCGCAGGACACACUGGACGACUCGUCCUCGGACCUGGCCGAGCCGCCCUACCGCUCGCUGUCCUCGUCCUGCGAGCUGCACCGCUACGGCACCCUCAACUCGCUGCCCGACGGCCUGGCCGCCGAGGCCGCCGAGGCCGCCGAGGAGGAGCUCGGCCAGAGCAAGGACAAGGACGACGCCGAGCCCGACGAGGACGACGACGACAAGCAGUCCGGGCUCGCAGGGGCCGCGGUGCCGGCCGUCCCCGAGGCGCCCGGAGGCAUGGCGUCGUCGCUGCGGGGCUGGACGGCGCGCGCCGGCGUCUUCGUGGCCGAGAAGAUGGCCAUCCUGGAGAGGCUCGGCGACGAGUCGCUGGCCGCAGCCAUCCUGGACCGCUACCUGCGGCCAGCGCCGGGGUCCACGCAGCCCCAGGGCGGCGAGGACUCCGGGACCACGUCCGGGGGCACGUCGGGGGAGGAGGCAUGGGGCACGCCGACGUCCGGCGACGACGACCUGGGCUCGCCGCUCGGCCAGGAGUUUCGCUCGUUCCCCAAUUCGCCGCCGGAGUCCACGUCGUCCGUGCUCACGGCCGAGGAGGAGGCCGAGCAGCUCAUGAUGGAGGAGCUACUCACGUCGGCGGCCUUGGCCCACCGCCUGUUCCCGGGCUCCUCGGCGGCGGCGCGGCGCCGCCUGGAGCCCCUCGUCGAGGAGGACGAGAGCGUGCCGCCGGCCGACACGCCCUCGCCGUCCGACGACUCUGGCGAGGAGAGCUCCGACACCGAGGAGCCCACGUCCAUCCUCUCCGACGCGCCGUCGCACAUCGGCUCGGGCCGGCCCAUGCCGGGGGGUGAGCGUCACAGGGUAGAGACGUUGAGAAAGCAACAGCAACAGCACCAGCUAAAGGCGCAGGCCCAGGCCCAGGCCGCCCAGGGCGGCUUCUUCACGAGGCUGCGGCUGCGGCGCGCCCGCGAGGAUUUGCCGCCGAAGGACGCCCCGAAACGGGGGAAAAUCCUGUCGUUCCUGAGCCGCGGGGCCAAGUCUGACGGCGCUGGCGCCGCCACGGCCACCGCCACGGCCUCCGCCACGGCCUCGGUGGAGCUGUCAACGCUCACCACAACGACGCCGUCCAUCACCGCCCCCGUGUCCAGCACGCCGACCCCCCAGGCCAUGGCCGCGGCCACCACUCGGCCCAUCAUGUCCAGGCUGUUCAGCAGGGACGCCGUCAACGACGUGCCCGCCACGCUGCCUCGUCAGAUGGCCGUGAGCGGCGACGACGCGCCCACCCUCAGGCACCCGGAAAAGCAGCAAUCGGACCGCCGCUUCUGGAAGAGCCUUGGGAGACGUCGCGCGGGCGCGCCCCAGAACACCGCCGUGGGUGCGUCCCUCUAGCGACCGCUACACGUCGACUGCGUGGACGCCAGUACAGCCAGUUCGAGCUCAAGCAGCACCGCGGGCGCGGGGCCCGCAGGCCUCCCCGGCCCCAGCCCGUCCUUGCGGCGGCCGCUGCGGACGCGGGAAGAAACCUCGUCGCGGGCGCGGCCCCUCUCUGCCGAGCAGCCGCCCUCCGUGGCGGUGUUCGUCACCACGGGGCCCACGCGGAGCCGGUCCGAGCCUUGCUUCGAGGACCCCGAGCCGCAGCCGGCACCACCCCCACCGCCAGUGCCGGCGCCGGCCGAGUCCUACUCCGCCACCUCCUUCCUCGGCUUCUGCUUCGCCGCCCUGCGAGCGCCCCGCCCUGAAAUCGUGCGCCAGUCCUCCGCGCCACAGCCGUCGUCGGCGACGCCGUCGGCGACCCCGGCCAAGCCCUCCAUCUGGCGGCAGGCCUCGGACCCGGCGCCAGUCGGCAUCGCCACGACGGUGGCUCCCGUGCGCCGCCAGGUCUCGGACCCCGUCAUCCCCGCCAGCCCGGCCACCGCGACGCCGCCGCUGCUGCGCCAGGCCUCGAUCCUCGAGCCUUCGAUCUUCGGCAACGGCGCGCGGUGCGGGCCGUCCGGGCCGAACAACUCGGCGCCGCCCCCGGACGGAGCCGGGUCUGGCCUCGGCAUUGGAAGAUCGGCGAUCGCGGUGGCCACCCCCGGCGUCAUGCGGCGCCAGGUGUCGGACCCCGUCGUCCCGACCAGCACGGCGACACCCCCGAUCCGACGGCAGGCCUCGGACCCCAGUGCGGGCCCUGUGUCCAUCCUGAGGCAGCCGUCGACGGGGGCGGGCGUGCCCAAGGGUGUGCCGCCACGACGCCCGGCCGAGCAGACGCGGGUCACCAUCACAGUGCCGGUGGAGACGCAUGCACCGCCCAGGCCCAGCCAGCCCAGCCAGCCCGGCCUGACCAGGACCUUCAAGGAGGAGCUGCGCACCAGCUCGCUAUGACCACCAGUGACGGUGUCCACCACGAGUAGGCUGCAGUCGACGUGUCCCCGCUACGAGACGAGUGCACCGACCCCAUUCACCCGGGUCACUGCCAUGCUCAGGACCGAGACGGCCAGAAACUCCGACUCGACCGUGGCCAGAGCAAUGUGGUAGAGUGUGUGCCGUCACCGAAACUACUCACCCAAGCUCAAAGCUGUUCAUGCAUUUGAGUUAAUUCUGUGUUACAUUAGAGUAAAAAAUGUUUCGUUGUUGUUGUUUAAUGUGUUUUAUGUUGAUUUUUUAAAACAAAAAUGCGAGUGGUUUCUGUAGUCCGUCCUAUACAGCACUUUAGGUCUACUUGCUCGCAGAGAAAGACGAACCUGUGCAAUUCGUGCACUUUCUAGAGUUAUGAAUUGGAGUGGAUUGUAAAUGUGAGACUUUUUGUCGGUUUAGAUUUUUUCGAGAGAUUUCGACUAAAACUUAUUUUCUUCUAGAACGGGUACCACCGUUCUCUUCUUACGAUUUUUGAGCUUUAAUCUAUAACUUUAUCUCUGGAUGAACUGACGUGCGAGCGUUUCUUUAUCCCCAUACCGAAACGUAAAGCCACGGUACUGUCCUGUUCUUCCAUUUUUGAAGCCCUUAGGCAAUCGAUAUGUGGUUUUCUUUAUAACGAUUUUCAAUGUUGUGACCCGUAGAGCCAUUUAUUCUACAUGUUCUUAUACGCAACUCACGAUACGUGAUCUUUUUACCUAAUUAGUUUCGUUCCAGUGGCCUCAAUCAAGUUGGCGGGAUGCUAAAGUAUUGUUGUUAUUUUUUCUUAAGAAAAAUAUCAUUUUUAAUGUCAGUACUGUUUUCUUAGAUUUAUUUCAUCCCAAGUCUGCCAGGUUGAUUUCGUCGUUUUGUUACGAGAAGGCAAUUGUACGGCUGAAAAGCCGAGCCGGAGCAAUACUGUACGUGUCAAUCGCUUCGUGCUCGGGUCGUUCAAUAACGUACAAGGGAAAAUUUGUACGCCACCAACGACGGCCAGUGUGUUCGUCUACCGGGCGAGUCGUCCUCCAGGAGAUGGAGAUGCAUGGCGCCUCGCGCGACCUCUGUCCGCUCCGAGUGCGACGUUGGCGAGGCAUAGCGAAGCACGACGUGGGAAUUCCCCGCAAGGCGCAGAUAGGCAAACCCGCAAGGCUCGCGUCCGGCGGGGCGGGCCCGGCAAGGCCAGCAAGGCCCGGCCACCCUUCCUAGGUCUCCCUUCCUGGGCGUCCUGCUAUGCCAACAUGCCUCUUGAGCACGCGGUAGAGUCGGUACCACGACGACCGUUUCCCGGUACGGCCGUUUUCCUGGUUCCGAAUUUCAGAGAAGACAAACGACUACGACUGCAUCCGGACUGUAAUUUCAUUUCAUUUUAAGAACCGUUUCCCUGCUGGGUUUCUUUUCUUUCCGUUGCUCCCUCGGCUUUCUUGUGUGGUUUUGCUCUCGACUGAAAGGGAGGAACUUGCGCGCAUUUGCAAGCAACUUUGUCAAUUAAUACUUUGUAAAAAUAUCAAGAUUAGGGGUAGAUUUAAAUAACAAGUUGCCAAACCUUUCAACACCAGUUAAAGAUACAUUUGCUCAAGUUUCAUUUUCUCUUACCCUGUUCAUUGUCGAAGGCUAUAAAUGUGAAUGAUAUGGGGGAAUUUCACUCUGACCAGCAAUAUUUUUCCAAGUCAUCGCGGCGACACCGAAACAUUCGUACGACCUGAGCACGAAGUGUGAACAAGAUUCUGGUGUAAAUUCACUCUGGUAAGUGGUUUUUGCAGCCUUGCACUGUGUAGUUGUUCCCCCUGUGAUGGCGACUGUUCAUGGCAAUUAAAGAAAAUGUAACAA